AUGGUGCAAAAGGUCAUAAUUAUUGGUUCUGGGGUCGCUGGUCUUUCGCUGGCCCACGGACUUACCAAGCAAGGGAUCGAAUAUGAAAUCUUCGACAAGAGGGGUCCCGCAACUCCACAACGGGAUUGGGGCAUCACUGUUCAUUGGGCGGUUGAGUAUCUUAGCCUGUAUCCCGAUGACAUGGGCAAGCGCCUUCGUACGGCACAGGUCGUGGAAAGCAAGGAGAAGAAGCCAGCCGAGUUCGUGCUUUUCCACAAUGGCGAGACCGGCGAGAUCAUCAAGGAGAUUCCCCUGGGCCCUGCUCGCCGAUUCAGUCACCGUAAGAUUCGGGCCCUCCUCGCUGAGGGGAUACCGGUGCAGUACAACAAAUCGCUAGAGACGAUCAAUGAGCUUCACAAUGGUGUUGAGGCCAUUUUUACAGACGGUACCAAGGCUUGUGGAGACAUUCUUAUUGGUUGUGACGGCAGCAGAUCAUCCACGAGGAACUUUCUCUUCAACGGUACCGAGGACGGGGAGUGGAAGCCACUGCCUGGACUGAUUCUUAACAACUUCUGGAUGACAUACGAAACAGAGCAAGCGAAAACUCUCCUUAAGCAGCUUGGAGGUUUCCUAGAUAUUGCAUGUCACCCGACUGGUACUUACUAUGGAUUGAUACCUCUUGACAUUUCGGACGAUAAGAAGCCAGAGGAGUGGAAGUUCCAGGUCUUCAUGGGUGUGCGUAGCGAUAUCAAGCCAGAGGAUGACUCGCCUGAGAAGCGCUUUGAGAUUGUCAAGGCUGCAGGGAAGCCCUUUAUCGAUCCAUUCCGCUCCGGUAUUGAAUGGAUGCCUGAAGGUACCUACAUUAGCCCAGACAGGUACGGCACAUGGGAGACACGCCGUUGGGAUCACCGAGGCGGUAGAAUCUUGCUGGCGGGCGAUUCGGCGCAUUCCAUGACAGCACAUCGCGCUCAAGGAUUGAAUCACUCCCUCCAGGAUAUUCUCAACGUAAUCAAGGGUAUUAAGAGGGUUCGUGAAGGAGAGUUGACCAGGGAAGAAUUCGCAAACGAGUACAUCGACGAGGUUGUCCCUCGUGGAUCUGAGGAGGUGCGCAUGUCUUUGGAGCAAGGAAUGGCUGUGCAUAAUUGGGAAAGAGUGGCAACUAUGCCGAUUCUCAAGAUUGGCACAACGCCGCUCCACAUGGAACAAGACAUUGUGCCUUUGCCUGCAGCUUAG